CUCUGUGCUUUUUUAAAAAGAGCCAGAAGCCUCAAUGUUGGAUGUCGUGCUAUGACAACAUCACUGCUCCUCCGUCCUCGCUGGGUCGACCCGUCGGUGAUGUUCCUCUAUGACAACGUUUCCGAUGAAGUGAGCAAGAACAUGGACGCUGGCGGUGGUGGUUUUGCGGGAGGCAACUUUGCGGCGAACCAAUGCAGAAACCUGAUGGCGCACCCAGCGUCCCUUGCUCCGAGCACGGCGUACUCCUCAAGUGAGGUCCCCACCUCCGGUAUGGGCGAGCCAGCCAAGCAGUGCAGCCCUUGCUCGGCUGCGCAAAGCUCCUCCAGCGCGUCCCUGCCCUAUGGAUACUUCGGUAGCGGCUACUACCCGUGCAGAAUGUCGCACCACAGUAGCAUAAAGUCGUGCGGCACGCAGCUCCCCUCUGCGUACGGGGAAAAGUACAUGGACACGUCCGCCUCGGGCGAUGACUUCACCUCCCGGGCCAAGGAGUUCUCCUUCUAUCCGAGCUAUGCGUCGGGGCCAUACCAGCCCGUUCCCAGUUACAUGGACCUGCCCGUGGUACCAACUAUGAGCGGGCCAGCCGAACCCAGGCACGAGCCCCUGCUGCCCAUGGAGAGCUAUCAGCCGUGGGCUCUGACUACAAACGGGUGGAACGGACAGGUCUACUGCACCAAGGAGCAGCCUCAGCCCGGACACAUGUGGAAAUCCUCCAUACCAGGUACAACACAAGGAGAGAGCCCUGAGGUUUUUACGCAAUAAACCAAACUUUUCAGUGUGUUUUUAUGAUUAUAUGUCCGAAAUAUUUUGGCCUUUAUGUAAUGCCUACUGUAACAACAUUUUAGAAACGAUGCCUUUUCUGUAAAACUCUCUCUCGUAUGAGAGCAAAUGGCUAGGCUACUAUUGUAAACUCCUUAUACCAUAUCUAUUUUGUUUUCCGUUUUGCUCCACCAGAAGCCAUGUCUCACAUAGGAGGGGACUUGAGCUCCUUCAGACGUGGAAGAAAGAAGCGCGUGCCAUACACCAAGGUGCAACUGAAGGAACUUGAGCGCGAGUACGCGGCCAAUAAAUUCAUAACGAAGGACAAACGAAGGAGGAUAUCCGCCCAGACGAAUCUGUCCGAGCGACAGGUCACUAUCUGGUUUCAGAACAGACGCGUAAAGGAGAAGAAGGUCGUCGUCAAAGUGAAGAGCAUCAGCUAGUUCUGAACGAUGGGAAUUGAAUACACACACACAAACACAAACACACACACACACACUC